AAGUACCGCCGCCAAGACGAAUGCUCUAAAAGAGAUGUCAACUGCUGUCAUAGAAACAAUUCCCUUGAACUUUGGCUCAAUUGCGUCACAAAAGUGUCGUGCAAAUCCACCAGCCCCCAGUCCUGAGUUAAUAACUGUUCAGGAUGACCUGUUGGAAAGGAGGUCGACUGCUGCCACGAUUGUUGAUCGCGAGCCUGAGCGUCUUGUAGCAGCAGAGAUUUCGGCACCUAAGCCUGACCUUGAGCGUCGCUCGAAUCCGCCUAAACCGACAAAACCAAAUCUGGGUCUCGAACCCUCACUUGCUGCCCUAUUGCCCAACAUAGACUCGUCGAUUGGCAGCAGACGCGUGGAUUAUGUGCGUAGAUCUCCAAGGAACACACAAACGCCAAUGCAUCCAACUUCGUUGACCGAUGCCACGUUGCCCAAGUCGACAGUUUUCGUGAGACGACCAACGGUUGUUCCCGUUCCAACAGAUGAUGCGAAGACUCAGCGCCGAUCGAGUCUUCCGGCACCUGCUGCUUUAGAGGAGGCGCGCAAGAAGUUGGCGGCAUUGGCGGCUACACCGGAAACAACACCUGCUUCACCAUCUGAUUGCACUGAUCCACGUGGUCGCAGUGGAAGCUAUGCCACCCAAAUACCACCCAAGGCAAGUGUGUCGCCCAUCCAAUCCAGUGCGAAAGGUCCGACGACAAGUUGGCCCCGAAGGAAGAACAUUCCAGUUAAGAAAUUUCCAUUACCUCAGUCCAUUCCAGUGAUUGGAUCACCCAGCGGUAGUUCGGCAAAGUCAACGACUCACACAUCGCCGCCAACUACAAAAUCGAUCCCGGCAAACAUCAACAACAACAGAAAGCACAAUGUCAAUUUGAACAUGCCGAACGCAUUGCAUGGUUCAAUCAAUUUGAAUAGGGCACCGAGUCUGAAUAACCUGUCGCCAGGUAAUGUUGAUGGUUUUGCCAACGGAUUUAAUAAUGGACAAGAGGAUUCUAGUACUCGACGCUAUGGCAAUCUUAACGGUGCGGGCUCACGUGAUCCACGUCGUGCUAAAUGGUGUCAGAGCAAUGGACUCCUACAGCAGCAGCAACCUCAACAACACCCCACAGGAUCACAGUAUUCACCACAAGGUAGCGGCAAACGGCGUGGAGAUCCAUCCGGUUGGCAGACAUCCAAUAAUCCAGGCAACUACAGCAGCUACAAUCCCGGUGGCACGGAUUGCCAAUGCCCUUGA